UGGUCUACGGACUACGCUCCCACUUCUCGGUCUUCAGUUUUUCACACUUCACAGUACCUAUAAAAAUAAUAAUAUUAUAUUGUUAUUAUUUAUUAACUUAUUCGCAAUACGUUCGUCCACAGACCACAGUUGUACACACUCAGUCGCUCGAGCCGGUCGAUCUUCUCUUAUUCUCUAUUUAUAUUGUAAUUUCUUUUCAACUCGGCCAUGCGUUUGGGUACAGUCAUUCCGGACUUCUCUGCCGUCACCACCAAAGGUCCGAUAAACUUCUACGAAUGGGUCGGUGAAUCAUGGUGCGUUUUGUUUUCUCAUCCCUCUGAUUUCACACCGGUAUGCACCACCGAAUUAGGCAAAAUGGCCGUGCUGGUAGACGAAUUCACAAAACGCAGUGUCAAAGUCUUGGGUCUGUCAUGUGAUAAAUUGGAAAGCCACGUAGAUUGGAUAAAUGACAUCAAAUCAUAUUGUCUAGACAUUAAGGGAGAAUUCCCAUAUCCCAUUAUUAGUGACAGCACGCGGGACUUGGCUGUACAACUAGAUAUGAUCUCCGAGGAAGACAAAGACAAUGUUGAGUUGGCAUUGACCAUUCGAUCUCUUUACAUAAUUGGACCCGACAAGAAGGUUAAACUCAUGAUGGUUUACCCGACCAGCACUGGUCGUAAUAUUCAAGAAAUUUUACGUUGCAUUGAUUCACUCCAGUUGUGUGAUAGAAAAAAUACCAUUGCUACACCUGCAAAUUGGGUGCCCGGUGAAAAAGUUAUGAUCCUGCCAACAGUAAAAGAUGAAGACCUCGAUACACUCUUUCCAAAUGGUUAUGAAAAACGCUCAAUGCCUUCUUCAGUUGAUUACUUAAGAACAACUACUGAUUAUUAAAAUACAUCAUUGUUUGAGUGUUAUUCACAUUUAUUUAAAAGAGAUUUAUUUUUUUAUAUAAAUUAUGAUUUGUUAAAACUAUAGUUUAUAAUAUUAAUUGAUUAAAUAAACAUUAUACAUAAUAUAAUCAA